GAGAGAUGGACGGGUUGACGGAGAGGUUCUCUAGGCUCCAACAGGAGCAUGAGAACCAACUGUCCACCAAUCAACAGCUUGAGGUCGAGGUUGCCAGAAAAUCAUCUCAGCUUCAUGAGAAGGAAGAUGUAGAAGUUCAACUCAGAUCUGAGAUGACGAAGCAAGGGAAAGAUAUUGAGAACUUGAAGAGAAAGGUUCAGGCUGUGGAGACCUUGAAACAGAGCCUGGAGAAGGACAAGGAGAGACUCAAGCAGGAGUUUGUCAAGAAGAACAAGGAUAUUGAAGAGCUGAAGCACCAGGCCAUAGUAGACAAGAAAACGUUGUCUGAACUGGCAAAUGCGCGUGAAAGCGCAGAACUACGGCUAGAGAGGCAGCAACAAAAUACGAAGGGAAUAAGUUUCAGCUGA